AGAAGGAGCAGCUCCCGGCGCGUGUAAAGAGCAGAAAGUUGGCUUAAGGAAUAAAGAGUAUAACUACAGUCAUCAUACUUGUUGUCUUCCAAAGGGAACUUUAGGUUUUAUUUUCAAGCCGGCUACGGCAAAGAUCGUGUGGCUGUGCUGAGCUUCCUUUCUGCUUCUCCUCUGGUCUCCGGCAGAUCGCAUUUCUGUUUCUGAUGAGAUGAGAUGAAAGAUAAACGCUCUCGUGGCUCACACAGCUUGUUUUCUCUGCAAGGUAGCCAGUAACAUACUGGGAGGUCAGAUAGCCCACUGUCUCUACUAGUCCUAGUCCAACUACAAAGCCCACGUGUCUCCUUCUGCUGCUGGUGGGUCUUUAGGUCGGGUUAUUCUGAGAGGGGAUCCAGAGUGAGUACAUUAUAACUACAUUGGUUGCCUAACUCUAUAACUGUCUGCAGGGCUUCUCCCUCUUAGCUUUUUUUUUUUUUUUUUUUCGUUUUUUCCUUGUGUUUAACGUCUCGGUUUUUCUACCUGGAGCUUCCAGUAGUUCAGGACUUAAAUGUUUAAUCAUUUGAGUUCAGCUAUUUGUUUUACUUCUUAUUAAGGUGGUGUACUGAAAAUUACGAUUUUAUGAGGUGGAUAAAAUACAACAUAAUCCACAAUUAAUAUCAGAAUCACCGACCAGUAAUACGCCUUGAUGCGUGUUCAGUCAUCCAGGUAAGUAAAUCCCCCAAAGUUGAUUCUGUUGAUUCUGUUCUGACAGGUUUCGUCACCUUGGAUGAGUGACGAAAGUUUCACCCACUGAAAACGUGCAGAAUAAACUUUCAGGUACCAACCAGUAAUGUGUCUUUAACUUGGCACCAUUCUAGUGGCAGCCUGUUGUAGCAGCUCCCUGUCUUCGUAAUGUUCUUUAGUUUCUUUUUCAUUUUCUUUCUGUUUAAUCUUACUAUUUGUUUUAAUUAUUUUGCUUUCAAUAAUUUUGCUUUUUAUUUAUAUAUCUCUCUAUUUGUUUUGAUAUUGAUCCAUCAUAACUGUUUCUAGGCUCAUUUUAUAUGAGUUACAACUCAAUUUCACUCUGGGAUUAAUAGAGUUUCUCUGAAUCUGAUUCUAAUGUUGGUACUGAGUGUAUGAGGAAGAAUAAUUCUAUACAAUACAAUGCUCUUCGGUAGUGCCGUACAAUAAAUCACUGAAUAGAAAAAUAAAGAUCUGUUUGAUGACACAGGCGACUGACGGGAGGAGGAGAGUCUGAUGGAGGAGCAGCUCAGCCACUGCAGUGAGAAACAUCGGUUCUUCAUAAAAGGCAAAAGAAGGAAAAGCAAGCCAAAACCUCGGCACACUGAUGACCUAAAAAUAACCCACCCAAGUACAGAUAAACCAGUUGUGAUCCCUGUGGAAAAGACUUUUACCACUAUGAAGCAAGCCAGAAGACACCAGCGCACCGAUAGUGGGGACAGAAGCUUUAGAUGUGAUUGUUGUGGAAAGUCUUUUACUCAUAAUAGCAGCUUAAAAAGACAUCAGCUCAUCCACACUGGAUUUAAACCAUUCAGCUGCGAUCGGUGUGGAACGUCUUUUACUCAGCAAAGUCAUUUAAAAGAUCAUCAGCUCAUCCAUGCUGAAGUUAAACCCUUUAGCUGUGAUCGUUGUGGAAAGUCUUUUUCUCAGCAUCACAGUUUAAAAAAACAUCAGCUCAUCCACACUGGAUUUAAACCAUUCAGCUGUGAACAGUGUGGAAUGGCUUUUACUCAGGAUGGAAGCUUAAAAAAACAUCAGCUUAUCCACGCUGGUGUUAAACCAUUCAGCUGUAAUCAGUGUGGAAAGUGUUUUACUCACAAAAGGAACUUUAAAGAACAUCAGUUUAUCCAUGCUGGAGUUAAACCAUUCAACUGUGAUCAGUGUGGAAAGUCUUUUACUCGCAAAAGUCACUUAAAAGGACAUCAGCUCAUCCAUGCUGGAGUAAAACCUUUCAGCUGUGAUCAGUGUGGAAACUCUUUUACUCACAAAAGUCACUUAAAAGAACAUCAGCUCAUCCAUGCUGGAGUAAAACCUUUUAGGUGUGAUCAGUGUGGAAACUGUUUUACUCACAAAAGUCACUUGAAACAACAUCAGCUCAUCCAUGCUGGAAUUAAACCAUUCAGCUGUGAUCAGUGUGGAAAGGCUUUUACUCGCAACAGUCACUUAAAACAACAUCAGCUCAUCCAUGCUGGAGUUAAAGCAUUCACCUGUGAUCAGUGUGGAAAGUCUUUUACUCAUAGAAGUCACUUAAAAGAUCAUCAGCUAAUCCAUGCUGGAGUUAAACCAUUCAGCUGUGAUCAGUGUGGAAAGUCUUUUACUCAUAUUAGUAAUUUAAGAAAACAUCAACUCAUCCACACUGGAGUUAAAUCAUUUGUCUGUGGCCAGUGUGGAAAGUCUUUUACUCAUAUUAGUAAUUUAAGAAAACAUCAACUCAUCCACACUGGAGUCAAAUAAUUUUUUUGUGAUCACUGUGGUGGCUUUUACUUAUAUAGACACAUUUAAAAAGCACCAGAUCAUUCACACUGGAAUUAAACCAUUUGUGGUCAGUGUGGAAAGUCUUUUGCUAGUUUAAUCAUCUAAAAAAAUUAAAGAUAUCAACCAUCUUAAAAUUAAAACACUGAAACCUGAGUGGGGUGGAAAGUCUUAUAUCCAUAAUGCAAACUUGUUCAACUGACAAAGUGUCCCUCUGUAACAAAACUGGCAGACCAUUGUGACAGUACUCUGACAGAGUUCUUUUGGCCACAGUGAGAAACACAGCUGAUCUGAACAAAUCUUCUGUAUGCCUGGUCAAACUUAAAAACUUGAUCAGGCUUGACAGAAUUCAGCUUUAAUCUCCUGUUCAAUGCUACUGUGAGAAAGUUCGUUAUAUCAGUUAUGACCUUCUACAUGCUCUCUGGUGAAAGCAAGUGUGGAUAAACUUUGACAGCAUUGAGCAAGCUAAGAAUUAGAAAGACUUAGGACCAGGUAAAAUGAGCAAGUAAAUGGAAAGAGAUUUACAGAUGUGAUGUUUGCUUUGAGGGUUUGAUGGAGACUGUCAGAUCUUCACUAUGUCUUUGUGGAUCUGGUGGUGCAGGACAUGAAGACAGAAUGGUGAAAUGUGUGGUAGCAGUAACAGAUUGAUUGGAGGUGGGGGUGGGAUUACAUCAAUUCUGAGCCCCUUCUUGCUUCCAGUUGUGAUGGACAGGCUGACAUGCAAGACAAGUUAACAGUCUUUUUGGAUUAUCAUGUUUGCAGAUGACAUUGUUAUCAAUAACCCACUGAUCAAAGACCACUGAUCAAGGUUUUGGUCAGUGGUUGUUGAUCAAUGGUCAUGAGAAUUUGCAUAAUUAAGAUUAAGGAACUGACCUCCCAGCCUGUUGCUCCUUCAGUGGGCUGGUUUCAGUCAUUAUGCAAAUGUACUGUUUAUAUUAAGAUUGGGGAAAACUGCAGUUACGUAGCUGAGACUGAAGAAGUCACUUGGAUGAGUGACGAAACGUUUCUCCCACAAAACACUACAUCCAGAUGAACAGAAUCAACUUUUGGAGAUUUACUUUCCUGGAUGAUUGAGAAUGCAUCAAGAAAAAAUAUAUAAUUGUAUUAUGUAAUUGUAAUAAUAUAGCUUAAUAAUGAUUACAGGACAUCAGACUACUUGUUCAUGUUGCUUAAUAAUGUAGAAUUAUCAUUCUAUAGAAAUAAAAAACUUGAAAUUGUACGCUAUUUGAGCAUGUUGCCUGCCUGCAGCACUAAAGGACUCUGCGAGAGACGCCUGUCUCGCCCUAGCGGCACCUGUCCCUCUCCUCCUCUUCAGUUCGCCUCAACAUAAGCUCAUCAUAUUCCGUGAUAUGAUUGACUCUGAGGUGUUUGACGAGGUUAGAGGUGUUGCCACAACACCUCACUCUCUUGCCACAUGUAUCACAAACCGCGUCUUGGCUGUUCGUGGAGAUAAAAUAUGUCCACACAUGACUCUGUUUACGCUCAGCCAUUGUUGUGAGUGCGCACGCCAGGGGUUGCGACACAUUUAUACAGCCGUAUUUCGCAUAUGACUGUGAAAGGCGUAAUAGGAAGUAGUUCCUUCCAAUUUAGAUCCGAAUGAUACCCAAAGUACUAAAAUAUCGAUAUUUUAAUAUCAGAAUCGAUUCUAGAACAUAAAUUACUGGUAUCGGAAGAAGAGAUAUUUCAAUAUUGAUAUGCACACCGCUAGAAAUGACAUGCCUAUCUUAAGCUGGCAGCCAGCAUGUAGAAAGAUUUUCUCUGAAUUGUUGAUAUUAACCUUUUACAUGUUCAGAUUUUUAAUCAAACUGUUCAAUAAAAACCAGCAGAGUCUUUUUGGAAGCUUGUGAUUGUUGUUUUCAUAAAUGUUUAUUCAUUUUUAAUGUCUAUUUAUUAGAAACCUAAAUUAAAUUAAUGAUUAAGAGGCCACUGAUGCACCAAGGACUAGAAAUCUAUGCAUGUAUAACAAAACUGUUCAGUGAAGAUCGAAUUGAAGAAACGUUUGUCUUAUGUUGAAAUCAUGCAAAAACUAUUGACUUUAUCUGUUCUGUGGAAACAUCUAUGUGAUCUUGCAGACCAAACAUUAUUACCAUGUGAUCACAAAGAGAAGCAGAGUGUCUAAACAGAUUACCUUCUGGGUCGAUCUGAAAGACCUGUUGCUACUUAUCUGGCUGUUCAUCAUGAGAUAAUUAGUGAAGUCAAUGCAGCGCUGUUUCUCUAAGGUACCUAUUUAAAAUGUGUUUUGAAUUAUUUCUGUUGUCUUAAAACAUGAUGUGGGUCUGUUUUGCUGCAUGACGAGAAAAAGAACCCUGCCAUUUUUAUGUUGCAUCAAAAAUGUUUUUAUUGUAUUUCAUCAGUUUGUGUCAUUUUAACUGGGCUAUAUGUGUAAAAUUAAAUGUAUCCUAUAAUUAUUAAGAUAUAUAACAGUUACAAUGUAUAUUUUUUUGUGAACUUAAACAUUACUUAAAUGUGUAAGGCGAUCGUGGCUCAAGAGUUGGCAGUUCGUCUUGUAAUCGGAAGGUUGCCGGUUCAAGCCCCGGCUCGGACAGUCUCGGUCGUUGUGUCCUUGGGCAAGACACUUC